AUGAGCCAACAAGUGCUCGCCUCAGAAUUCCAUCAAAAAGAGUUGCAAAGGCAGAGCCGCAAAGCGCUCCUCCGCCUCAAGGUGACGACGGUGACGUACCACCGUCAGCUGGAUGGUGGGCCCACCAUCGUUGUAAAGAAUGGCUUCCUCGACGAGAGAGGUGGGCAUCAGGACGGCCCCGUGCAGCGCUCGAAAUCUGCUCCCCAGCGACUUGCUGAGACCUCCGACGACCGGGCAGAAAUCCUGACGAACGAGGAUGGCAGCGUAAGUAGCUUCCGAGACAGAUUCCUGUCAGGGGACGUAUCGAUCGCCACGAGCAUUGCGGAGCCCAGGAGCCCGUACGCUGCCCCGGUGGACACGACCGAGGGCCCGUCGGGACUUCUGAUCAGUGCCAUGCAGCACACUCCGAAGCAACUCAUACAGGUGUUGAGCUUAAACAAGCUGCGCAACUUGGCGCGUAUCCCUUGGACACGGCUCGUCCAUGCCCACGUCCCGUCCUGUGACGGAUUGCAGGAGCCCGCCAACAAAGAUGAUUUGGCGGCUGAUUUCAAGCCUGCGCUGAAGCUUCGAGAGACCAGCGAGCCCAGCCUUUGUCUUUUCCCGAUCGCCAUGGCCCUGAAGUAUGCAAUGGCAUGCCUCUCCCUCGUGGGUCUGGAGGCCAAGAAGGCUUUCAUCAUCGUGGACACCCAGGAAUGCUUUCUGGAAAAUGGCAGCUUGCCGGUCAUUGCAUCGCAGAUCAUCCCGAAGCUCAACGAGAUCCGCAACCAGAAAGAUUGCCUCUUCGAUAUUGUGGUGAAGACUCAGGACUACCAUCCAGCUGGCCACAUCUCCUUCGGGACUUCUCACGGCAUGGCCCCGGAUUCGCCCAACGCGGAGAUGUCCAACUCCUGGCGCGGGGGCAUGACAAUGCAGUGCAUCAAGAAUGGAGGCAGCAACGAGGCCUGCUGCCCACAGUAUUAUGUGAACAGCUCCUCCAUCACCUGCAAUCCUCCCUUUGAGUACUGCCCUCCGGCCGGCUUCUACAACAACGUUACCAAUCCUAUGCUCAACGGAAAUCCGGCGUGCACCCUGUGCGCAGAGUCUCCAGACCAGUGCUUCGGCAUGGCUAUGGAUCUCUGGUUAGAUCACUGCCUUCAGAACGGAGAUUCUACGCUCUCGCCCGACGUGGUGUCGAAGAAUACCGACAUCAUCGUCCAGAAAGGUCACCGGUACAUCGAGAUGUACAGUGCAUUUAUGGACAACACUAGGAACUACAUGAGCGACUUGGACGCGGUCCUAAAGCAGAACAACGUGACCGAAGUGUAUGCUGCAGGCAUCGCCACCACCCACUGCGUCCGAUGGACGGUGCAGGAUGCCAUAUUUCUUGGCUACAAGGCGAACAUCAUCAUGGAUGCUUCCGCUGGCAUCUGGGGAACUCCUACAAGCUAUGCCAACGAGUCAGAGGCCAUUAUCGACUUUCAGAGUCAGGGCAUUGGGGUCAUCAACACCGCUGACCUUCUUGCCAUGUCGUGUGAAGCGGAUCCUCAGGACACCAGCAGUGCCUCAAUGAACGCCUUGGGCUUUCUCUUCGCAGUUUUGCUUGGCGAACCUGCAGUGGACUUCGAUUUAAUUGGCCUUGAGGAUGAGGCUGCAGAUGCAGGCCGGUUCAAGGCCGUCAUCAGUGCAGCCGUCCAUGCACUCGUCUCCUCACAUCUCUCCUCAGAUUUCGCCGCAACCUUCUCCUCAGCUGGCCUUCGUGCCACAGCUGCUUUUGUCACCACUGACCACUCCCAACCCGUCGCAUGCCUCUCCGGAGCACUCCCGCCCGCAGUCGCCCGACUCGCGACCGGCAUCUCCACCGCAACAGCCGCAGCCUGCACCGUCUCCCUGCCCAGUGGGGCUGCAGGGAUUUCAUCCGCAGCCUCAUACGAUCAGGCAUUCGCUGAAUAUGGAGACCGGCAUGCACCAGGCUCUCCCAUCCCGAAGAAGCGGGAUGUCUUUUGGCACGUAGACGCUUUGAAGCUCAAAGGCCAGGAAAGGCAGACGGUCUCUCCGUCCUUCGAGCUGCCCUUUGAAGGACAGGUCAGCUUUCGGCUUCGUGGCAGCAGCUAA